UUGCAUCCGUGCAGCCCUGAGUCGCAGCCUUUUCCCUGCUCAUAAAAUGCAAUAUGACCAAAGACGAAAGAUGAGCUGUCACCCGUAUCCACGGUUCCGGGAAUGGUGUAACCUAGUUCGUGGAGACGCAGAGGCCGCAGACCCGUCAACGCACGUAAGAUUACUGCGGCUACCGAGGUUAUAUCGAUCACCAACAGAGGGGUGUGUUUCCCGGAUGCAUUGACCAAUAUCGACUCUGCUCGAUGUCGAACGGAUAACCCCUCCAUCUCCUUUUCUUCCUCGCUAUUCUUGAUACGAGCAAUGAGAGACGAUCAUAACCCUUGGUCAUCAUAUCCGGAGACCCUUGUAGAUCCUUCGUUGCUUUUUGCUGCUGGUUUUCGGCGAUAUCUCAAAAUUUUCUCUCCCCCUUCAAACGUUUAAUAAAAUAGACGCCGUGUAUCCGACAUCCUGCACGUCUGCUCGGACGAGAACUGGAUCCCCUUGUGUCCGUGGCCGAGUUGGCGUGAUGGCGAUGGACUGCCAGAAGCCCUGGGGCUACCGAUGGCGGUCCUCCAAGCCCUUUAUCCUGUCCAUCGUAGUUCUGGCCUUGUUCGCUGGUAUGUAAUUGGCUAUUCCCUUAUUUGCCGCGGCUAAGCUUGAUUUGUUUCUGACGUUGUGUGUUGUUAUCCUCUGCAGAAACUUUUCUUUAUGGCUUCAUCGUCCCUAUCCUGGGCUACAUGCUUGAGGUCCGUCUGCAUGUCGACCCGUCGCAAACACAGAGUCUCACCUCGUCCCUCCUCGCCAUCCAUGGCUUCAUGACUUUGGUCGCGGCACCCAUUAUUGCCCAUUUUGCAGAUAAGACGCCAAAUAGGAGGACGCCGCUAUUGAUAGCUUUGGUAGCAUGCGCCGUUGGGACGAUACUGGUUGCCUGUUCCCCUUCCGGUAAGCCUAAUUAUUAAAUGCAUCCUGAGAGAGAUCAUGUUGCUAACAUGAGUGAGUUUUUAGUCUGGGGGCUUUUUGUAGGAAGAAUCCUACAGGGAAUUGCCGGCUCUGCCACAUGGAUUGUUGGGUUCGCUACAAUGGUGGAUAAUGUUGGAAUGGACAACAUAGGGAAGACCAUGGGUCUCUCGAUGUCCUUUGUCAUGGCCGGCAUCAUAUUCGGACCGGUGAUUGCUGGCUCCCUGUUGGAACUCGUGGGCUACUGGGCUGCUUGGUCCGUUCCUCUUAUCGUCAUUUUCCUCGAUAUUGUAGCCCGUCUGCUCAUGAUUGAAGGAAAAAACCAGCCUGACGGAUACCAUGACUCGGCACAGAAUCAUCCGGCCGAUACCCCAGCUAAUGAAGAAACUCCCUUGCUUCAGUCAAGCGAAAACAGCAACGAAGCGCCUGGUACCGAUGCACAACCUAAAGCUGCUGCAGAAGAACCAGUAUCAUCCCGUAAUUUUUACGUCACGGCUCUGAGUGAUAUCCGAGUAGUGGUAGGCCUGUCGAGCGUUAUAUGCGCAUCUUCCGUCGUAGCUGGAUUUAACGCGACCCUACCGCUUCAUCUAAGCAGGAUAUUCAACUGGGGCAGUUUGCCCGUUGGAAUGAUGUUCCUUGCCAUGCAGAUACCUAGUAUGUUCCUUGGUGCUCCGGUUGGCUGGCUUCGUGACCGGGUAGGACUCAAAAACCCUACGGCUAUAGGUUGGGCACUUCAGGCCCCGCUGCUAUGGCUCAUGGGUGUUCCUGGGGACAGUCAUUUCCCCUGGGCCGGCGCCGAUAAUAAUGGCCAGGCCAUAUUUGUGUCUGCAAUCACAGGAGUCGGAAUUGUCUAUACAUUGAUCCGCGGAGCCGGUGUUGUCCAGAUGACUAGUACGUGGACAAAAACCCCCCCUGGCACCGUAUUUCUUCACAUUACUAACGAUCCUUUACCCCUAGUUGCGGUGAAUGAGAUGCAGACUAAAAAUCCGAAGAUAUUCGGGGAGCAUGGCGGUAAUUCUAGAAUCUCCUCCAUGACAGAGGUAGCUUUCAGUCUUGGAUUGAUCAUCGGGCCUAUUCUGGCGGGCUCCUUGACCGAGCUGGUAGGCUACUACUAUAUGAAUUUUGUAUUCUGUGAGUAUACCUUUGUCAAAUCCUUACCAGCCUCUUUACUAAUACCUCUGUAGGCAUUCUAUCUCUACUCCUCGCCUUUGCGACGUUUUCAGUAUUUGAUGGAAAGCGCACUGCUGAGUCUUCGGAGGAGGUGUAGAUAUGCUGUUUAAUAUGAAUUCUCAUCUAGACCUCUUGAGUACGGAGUAGCAUUCAGCAUGGAAUAGGCGGAUCAUCGUUUGAUUAUAGUUUAGACUGUGCUCACAGAUAUAUCUAAUGAAUUGAUAAUCAAGCUACAACACGGCUACGAUAUUACCAAACCGCAGAUAUAUAUAUAUAUAUACUUGCCAGUAGAGG